UCGUAUUCUUGGCGCUGCCACCUUUCCACUUUAAUCUGUCGAUCAUGUUGCCCAGGUUGGAACUUCACAAUUCACCUCACGCGAUGCUUGAGCUGGCCUCAUUUCAGUUGCACGCCGUCACUCGCUCCACGAGGAUUGAACCUCGCCCUCUUCCCUCAAUGCUGUCUUUUCGGACAAGGCAUUAAUCCUCAAUUCCCCCCAAUCCCCCCCCGGACCAUCCGUAAUGGGGGCCAUACACCACCUCGGCCACCAACUCCGGCCACGGUCCCGCCAGGCAGCUCUACGGCUCAGGAAUGUCGCGGUAGCCUUCACCUUCUGCCUGGCCAUCUUCUACUUCCUCCGCCGGCCCGCACCCCCGAGCGAAGUAGACCUCCUGGAGCAGCACAUGAACGCAGGACCGCCAAGACACCCCAUCAACGUGGUCAAGAGCAGCGUCGACUGGGGGCGCAUCACGGCGCGCUUCCCGCCGCGGGAGCACCCGGUGAAGCUACCGAAGCACGCGCCCGGGCAGCGCGGCCCGCUACUGCCGCGGAUCCAGCACCGGUUCGGGAAGGAGACGGCCGAGGAGCGGCAGACGCGCGAGGCCCGCCGCGAUGCCGUGCGCCAGCUCACCCGCAAGUGCUGGGACAGCUACCGCCGCUAUGCCUGGAAGCGCGACGCCCUGCUGCCGCUGUCCAAGGCCGGCCGCGACCAGUUUUCGGGCUGGGCCGCCACGCUGGUCGACUCGCUCGACACGCUGUGGAUUAUGGGGCUGAGGGAGGAGUUCGAUGAGGCGGUUGCCGCGGUGGCUGAGAUUGACUUUGGUGACUCGUCCACGCCGAUGGUUAACAUCUUCGAAACCAACAUCCGCUAUCUCGGCGGGCUGAUGGCUGCAUACGACCUCUCCGGGCGGGCGGUGCUGUUGGAGAAGGCGAUCGAGCUGGGCGAUCUGAUCUACGGCGGGUUUGACACGGCGAACCGCAUGCCGGUCGACAACAUCAACGUCGUGGCCGCCGCCAACGGGCAGGGUCUGAUGGUGGAGGCUGCCGUGGUAUCAGCGUCGCCGGGGACGCUGACCCUAGAAAUGACGCGGCUGAGCCAGAUCACAGGCGACCCCAAGUACUACGACGCCAUCACGGGCAUCGUAGACCUCUUCUUCCGCGGCCAGAACCAAACCGCCUUACCAGGUCUCUUCCCCAUGAUGGUAUCCAUGUCGCGCGAGGACGUAGUCACGGGCGCCACCUUCACCCUCGGCGGCUGCGCGGACUCACUAUACGAGUACUUCCCCAAGCUGCACGCCCUCCUCGGCGGGCGCGGCGGCCCCCAACUCCCCGGCCUCACGCGCGGCUUCAUGGACGCAGCCAAGCGACACCUCUUCUUCCGGCCCAUGCUCCCCGACCCCGAACCCGACCCCACCUCCCCCAGCUCCACCCCCACCCCCACCCCCGACAUCCUCCUCAGCGGCAACGUCAACGUCGACGCCGACCUCACCCCCCACCUCGACCCGGAAACCGAACACCUCGCCUGCUUCAUCGGCGGCACCUUCGCCCUCGCCGGCCGCCUCCUCACCUCCGAAGCCGACGUCGCCGUGGGCGCGCGCCUGACGCGCGGCUGCGUGUACGCCUACCGCGCUUUUCCCACAGGCCUGAUGCCCGAGCGCCUCAACAUGGUCCCCUGCCCCAGCACCGACCCCGACACGCCCUGCGCGUGGGACGAGGCCCGCUUCGAGGCGGAGCGCGCGCGCAGACCGGAGUAUAAGGCGCAUCUGCCGAGGGGGUUUACGACGGCGAAGGAUCCGCGGUAUAUACUGCGGCCGGAGGCGAUUGAGAGUGUUUUUUAUUUGUGGCGGAUUACCGGGGAGGCGGAGUGGCGCGAGGCGGCGUGGGAUAUGUUUGAGGCGGCGGCGCGGGCGACGGCGACGGAGACGGGGAGUGCGGCGGUGCUGGAUGUUACGGUGGAGGGGGAGGGGGUGCGGUUGGACGAUUAUAUGGAGAGCUUCUGGAUUGCCGAGACGCUCAAGUACUUUUAUCUCAUCUUCUCGCCGCCUGAUCUCAUCAGCCUCGACAAGUAUGUUCUCAACACGGAGGCUCACCCUUUCCUGCUGCCACAGCCAUGACGGGUUGGCCGUUAGAAUGGGUGGGGGAGGGCAUUGGCGUUGCUAGGGCAUCCUGUAAGGUACUUGUAUGGCAACCUGUGAGAUAUUGUGCUACGAAUCAUUGUGGAAUAAGUCGUGUCCCGGUCUUGAGGAUCUAGCGCUGGCAGCAGGGGCAGUUCCAAGUCGGACGACGUGUUCGUUGGCACUCCGCUUGGGAUGAGUUUGCCCGAUACAAAAAUACCCAACGAUGUGAUUGCUUCCCAUAUCAUAACUUCCUCGAACGCUCUCCACGGACCAAAACGCGGGCGCAAAAGUGAUAUUGGUAUUUAUCAUCAACAAACCAGCCCUUCCCCCCCCACCC